CCUUUCACCUCUCUCAUCUUCUUCCUGGGAGAAAGCGUCCAUUCCGUCCGCAACGUCUUGGACUCCCCCGCUCGGGAGAGCGGGCGCGAUGGAGGGAGGAAACGCGACGUCUUCCACCGACUUCAUCCUCCUGGGACUUUUCGGCCCGGGCGAGUCGUCGGGCCUCGUGUUCUCCCUCCUCUGCGGCGUCUUCCUCACGGCCGUGGCGUCCAACUCCGUCCUGAUCUCCCUCGUCUGGGCCGACCCCCGGCUCCGGACGCCCAUGUACUUCCUGCUGGGCCACCUCUCCCUCAUCGACGUCCUGUACAUCUCCACCACCGUGCCCAAGAUGCUGGCGGACUUCCCGCCCGGGCGGGCCACCAUCUCCCUCCCCGGCUGCGCGGCUCAGCACUUCGCUUACCUGACCCUGGCGGGGGCCGAGUUUUACCUCCUGGGCCUCAUGGCCUACGACCGCUACGUGGCCGUGUGCCACCCCCUGAGGUACCCGGCCCUGGUGACCCGGAAGGCCUGCCUCGCCAUCGUGGCCGUCUCCUGGCUGGCCGGCGGCGUGGACAGCUGCCUGCUGACCCCCAUCACCAUGAGCCACUCUUUCUGCGGCUCCCGGAGGAUCGACCAUUUCUUCUGCGAGGCCCCGGCCGUGCUGAGGCUGGCGUGCGCCGACACGACGCUCUACGAGACGGCCAUGUAUUUCUGCUGCGUGACCAUGCUCCUGGUCCCCUUCUCCGUGGUCCUCGCCUCCUACUCCCGCAUCCUCUUCGCCGUGUACCGCCUCGGCUCGGCGGAAGGCGGGAGGAAGGCCCUGGCCACCUGCUCCUCGCACGUGACGGUGGUCACGCUCUUCUACGGGGCUGCCAUGUACACGUACAUGCUGCCCCAUUCCUACCACACGCCGGCCCUGGACAAGCUGUUCUCCGCCUUCUAUACCAUCCUCACCCCCAUGCUCAACCCUUUGAUCUACAGCCUCCGCAACAAAGACGUGGCCAGGGCCCUGAGGAGAGCGCUGGGAAGGUACGCCGCCUCCGGGAAGCCCUCGGUUGAUGCGUUCUGA